AUGAAGCUUCUCUAUCAGAGCUACAUCAAGAAUGGGGAGGGCGAAAUCAAACUGGUUGCGGAGGAGGCUGAGGACAUGUGGCACGCCUAUAACCUGAUCAGGGAGGGCGACCACGUCACAGCGACGACGUUCAGAAAGGUGGCCAAGGACAGCGGCAUGGGUGCUGACAGUGAGCGCAUCAAGCUGAAGCUGACCAUCCUGGUGGAGGGCGUGGAGUUUGACCCCGAGGGCGGCGUCAUCCGUCUGAAGGGCAAGAACCUCACCGAGAGCGAGUGGGUGAAGCUGGGGUCGUACCACACCCUGGAGCUGGAGCAGCAGCGCGCGUUCACGGUGCGCAAGGACGCCUGGGACGCGCUCGACGUGGAGCGCGUGAGGCAGGCGUGCGACCCCAAGCUGUCUGCUGACCUGGCGGCGGUCCUCAUCACGGAGGGCCUGGCACAAGUGUGCCUGGUGGGGUCCGCCACCACCCUUGUGCGCGCCAAGAUCGAGACAAACCUGCCCAGAAAGCGGGGCGCCGCCGCCGCGGGCUAUGACAAGGCUUGGGACAAGUUCCAGAACACGGUGUUCGAGGCGGUGGUGCGCCACGUGGACUGGGAGGUCGUCAAGUGCCUCGUCAUCGCGGGGCCGGGGUUCGCCAAAGACAGCUUCAAGUGGGCCGGGGCUGCCUACAAGCACUCCCUGAAGGAGGUGCUGUCACUGCCGGCCAUCGCCUCACAGAUCAAGGACACCAAGGCGGCGCGCGAGGUGACAGCCCUGAAGGAGUUUUACGACAUGCUGUCAAACGACCCUGCGAGGGCGUUCUACGGUCCGGGCCACGUGCUGGCAGCGGCGGAGCUGGGGGCCAUCCAGACGCUCCUCAUAUCGGACAAGCUGUUUCGCGUGAACGACGUGGCCAAGCGGAAGAAGUACGCCGCGCUGGUGGAGGGGGUGCAGGCGGCGGGAGGGGAGGCCCUGGUGUUCUCAUCCAUGCACGUGUCAGGCGAGCAGCUCAACCAGCUAAGUGGGAUAGCCGCGGUGCUGCGCUUCCCCUUGCCAGAGCUGGAGGACCAGGAGCUGGUGGAGGAGGCGUGA